AUGGACUUCUCUCCCAGCCGGGAAAAAGAACUUCAACUAAUUACAGACUAUUUUUUUCCCUUGCGUAACGAUGUUUACCAGUUAUUAGAAAAAGCUCGACAAAAAAGUAUUAUUGCUACCAAUUCCCAGGCUUCCUUAUUAAUUCACAUCCCGAGCGAGAAAAACCCGCCACCAGAAUUUCUUCAGUUGAAUUUAACUGAAUUAUUAAUGGUGGCGGAAAUCCAAUUUACUCCCGAAUUAGAAAAAACCACGACCGCCGGAAAUUUUGGCUUUCUUCGGCUGGGAAAAAGCCAGUUAAAAC